AUGACAUUUAAACGAAUUGGAAAAAGUUCAAUUGUCUCUAGUUCACAACCACGAUCCGUUGCUGUCGGAGAUUUCAAUAAUGAUAAUCAAAUCGAUAUUGUAGUUGCUAAUAGUGGUACACAUACUAUUGGCAUAUUUAUUUCAAAUGGUAAUGGGACAUUCGUUGAUCAACAGAAUUAUUCAACUGGUUCUCAAUCUUUUCCUUGUUCGGUUGUUGUUAAUGAUUUUAAUAAUGAUAAUUGUCUUGAUAUUGCUGUCGCCAAUUAUAAAACAAACAAUAUAGGCAUUUUUCUCGGAUAUGGUAAUGGGACCUUUGUUAAUCCAAAACUAUUUUCAACUGGUUCUUCUCAUCCAUUAUUCAUUAUCACUGGUGACUUUAACAAUGAUAAUCAAUCAGAUAUAGCAGUUACUAAUUAUGGCACUGACAGUAUUGGCAUCCUUCUUGGAUAUGGAGAUGGUUCCUUCCAAAUGCCAAUAGUGUAUUCUACUGGUUAUGAUUCCCAACCAUAUUCGCUAGCUGUUGGUGAUUUUAAUAGUGAUGAUCGUUUAGAUAUAGCUGUUGCCAAUUAUGGUAUUGGUAACAUAGGUAUUUUGUUGGGUUACGGAAAUGGAAGCUUCGCAAAUCAACAAACUUAUUUUACUGUCCUUGACUCAAAUCCAAUUUCUAUUGCAGUUGGAUAUAUUAAUAAUGACAAUUACUUAGAUAUUGUUGUCGCUAAUUAUGGUAUUGGCAAUAUAGGUAUACUAUUCGGAUAUGGGAAUGGCACAUUCUUAUCACAAACUACAUACUCGAUAGGCUCUAAUUUUCGUCCACAAAACAUUGCUAUUGGAAAUUUCGAUGGAGAUAGUCAAUUAGAUGAUGUCGUCGUGAUUGAUACAUCAAAUGAUCAAAUACAUAUUCUCUCGACAUAUACGAAUGAUACUUUUGCCAUUGUAAGUAUUUAUGAUGCGAUACAAGGAUCUAAUCCAAUUUCGGUUGCUGUUGUUGACUUUAAUAAGGAUAAUCAAUCAGAUAUUAUUAUGGCUAAUUAUGGUACUAAUGAUAUACUUAUACUUAUUGGAUGUAGCAAUGAACCAUCAGCAAGGCAGAAGAAGUACUAUUUUGGCAAUGGGGCUACACCGGGAUCAGUUGUAAUUAGUGAUUUUAACAAUGACAAUCAUCUCGAUGUAGCCGUUACAGGUCUCACACUUGAUGGUAUAGUUUUGUUGACUGGCUCCGGAAGGGGAACUUUUGUGGAAAAAAAGGAAUUUUCGACCGGAAAUAAUUCUAGACCACAGCAACUCUGUGUUACCGAUUUGAAUAACGAUAAUCGAAUGGAUAUUGUCACCGCCAAUUUGGGAUCUGACAGUGUAGGUGUUCUUCUUGGCCAAGGGAAUGGCACUUUCGCCACUGUGAUGACGUACUCUACUGGUAUUGGUUCAAGUCCAUCGCGACUUGCGAUUGGUGAUGUUAAUAAGGAUAACCAAAUGGAUAUUAUAUCCUCGAAUUCGGGUACUGAUAGUAUAGGUGUUUUUCUUGGACAUGGAAAUGGGACCUUUGAUGCCGUUGUUAUAUAUUCUACUGGUAUUGGUUCCAUUCCGAAUGCAGUCACUGUUGGCGAUAUCAAUAAUGAUAAUCAUCUUGAUAUUGUGACCGCUAAUUACUACUCUAACAGCAUAUCUAUACUUUUUGGUAAUAGCAAAGGAGCGUUCACAAACCUAUUGUUUUAUUCAAUCGGCUACGAUUCAGGUCCUGUGUCAAUGGUUCUUAUUGAUUUCAAUAGGGACAAUAAUUUAGAUAUUGCCAUUGCUAGCUCAAAAGCCGGAAAUGUAGAUGUCUUCUUUGGAUAUGGUAACGGACUUUUCCAAACACAAACAACUUAUUCUACUGGCUCUGGCUCUAAGCCAUAUUUCAUCAUUGUUGCUGAUUUCAACUAUGACAACCGAUUGGAUAUUGCAGUCACUCUUCUCGGCAAUGACGAAGUAGUUAUUUUUUAUGAACACGGCAAUGGAAGUUUCCAACUUGCAAGAACAUACUACACUGGAUAUGCUUCACGUCCAGUAGACCUCGCCGCUGGCGAUAUGAACAAUGACACAAAAUUAGAAAUCGUUGUUAGCCUUUGGGGUACUGGAUAUGUAGCUAUAUUAACUGAAUAUUUCGCUGCCAAGUUUGCAAAUCAAACAAUCUAUUCAACUGGUUCUACUCCACAACCAUAUUCAUUAGCUAUUGGUGAUUUGAAUAAUGACAAUCGAUCUGACAUCGUCGUUGCUAACUCAGGAACUGAUGAUUUAGCAAUAUUUUUUGGUUUAGGCAAUGGUACCUUCAGAUCACGCAUAUUGUAUUCAACUGGAAUUGAUUCUCAUCCACGAUUUACUAUGAUUGGUGAUUUGAACAAAGAUAAUCAUCCGGAUAUAAUCACUAUCAAUUCUAAGCAUGAUAGUAUCAGCGUGAUCAUGGGUUAUGGCAAUGGCACUUUUGCACCCCAACUGAACUAUUCUACUGGAAAUAGUUCACGUCCAUCUGCAGUUGUUAUAGGCGAUUUUAACAAUGACAAUCGAUCCGAUCUGCUCGUUACCAAUGUGGAUACUGGCGAUAUAGGAGUAUUUAUUCAAUAUGAUUAUAGAUUAUUUGAAAGACAAAGUGUAUAUGGAAUCGUGGAUACUCUGGAACCGUAUGCAGUUGUUACUAGUGAUUUUAAUAAUGAUACUUAUUUAGAUAUAGCUGUUGGUUUUUUCCAACGUGGUAAUGUAGGUAUUCUUCUAGGGCAUGGAAAUGGGAGUUUUGAUACGAUGAUCACUUAUCCGCAAUGGAAUCGUUCACUGCUUUGUGCACUAGCUGUAGAUGAUGUUAACAGUGACGGUAGAUUAGAUAUUGCUAUAGCUGAUUGUGGUACUAACAAUGUAAUCAUUCUCCACGGACAUGGCAAUGGUAGUUUUGUUACUAGUAUGUCUAUUUCAACUGGAAACGGUUCUCAGCCGUACACAAUCGCUAUUGCUGAUUUUAAUAAAGAUGGUCAUUUGGAUAUCGCUGUGGCUAAUCCUGGUACUAAUAAUGUAGGUAUACUUCUUGGAUAUGGUAAUGAAAGUUUUGCUCCUAUUGUGACUUACUCAACUGGAUAUCGUUCUUUUCCAAUUGCACUUGCAGUCAGUGAUUUCAAUAAGGAUGAUCGAUUAGAUAUUGCCGUUGUUAAUCGUGAUGCAUCUAAUGUUGGUAUUUUUCUUGGAUUUGGUAAUGGAAUUUUUGCAAAUCAAAAGACGUAUUCAACGGGUACUUAUUCUAUACCGCAUUCGAUCGUUGUUAGCGAUUUAGAUGGCGAUAUUGAACUCGAUAUUGCCAUUGUUGAUUAUAACAAAAAUAGCAUAGGUGUUUUACUUGGUUAUGGAAAUGCAACUUUCCAAGCAGUCAGAGUACUUCCGACUGAGAAAGGUUCUCUUCCGGUAUAUAUUACCGUUGGUGAUUUCAACAAUGAUAACAAAUUGGAUAUUGUUCUCGUCAAUUUCGGAACUAACAAUGUAAUUAUAUAUUUUGGAUUUGGACAUGGAAUUUUUUAUAAGAGCAAAGUAUAUUCAACAGGUAUUGUAUCUGGACCUUGGUCAUUAGCUAUUGGCAAUUUUAAUAACGACAAUAGAUCAGAUUUCGUCGUCGCCAAUCGUGCAUCAAAAGAUAUAAGCAUUUUUCUUCAAUGUGGCAGUGAAUCAUAUGGAGCUAUAACAAUAACUGCUGUUAACUCUGGAUCACAGCCAUACGCGGCUGCCGUUGAUGAUUUCAAUAAUGAUGGUCUAGCAGAUGUUGUUGUAGCUAAUUUUGGUACUAACGAAAUAGGUAUUUUAUUUGGGAUAGGUGACGGUAACUUUCAUGACAUGAUUCGAUAUCCAACUGGAGUGGGUUCUACUCCAUGUUUUGUUGCAGUCAGUGAUUUUAAUAAUGACAAUCAUUCGGAUAUUGUUGUUGCCAACUGUGAAGCUGAUAAUUUAAUUAUUUUUCUUGGUUUUGGUAACGGAACUUUUGCUACUGGAGAGACAUAUUUAACUGGUGAUCGUUCUCGACCAUAUUCAGUCGCCAUUGCUGAUCUUGAUAAUGACAAUAUAAUGGAUAUUGUUGUUGCAAAUUCUGGUACUAAUGAUAUUCUCUUACUCUAUGGAUAUGGGAAUGGGACCUUUGGAAAAAAAGAAUCAUAUCCAUUAGGUUAUGACUAUCUUCCUUCCUCGGUUGCUAUUACUGAUUUGAAUCAAGAUGGAUGGAGGGACAUUGUUAUAGUAUGUAUUGGCACGGAUAAUGUAGAAGUUCUAAUGAAAAUGUGCUAG